AGAGAGAUGCUGAGAAGAAAGCCUAGCAAGAUCGAAGUCAAGAUCGAAGACAAAGACGAACUCGAACAAGCCCGCAAACACGCCACCGCCACCAACACCACUUCCGCCAGCGCCGCCACCACCACCGCUCUCCUCCACCACCUCGAUCGCCACAACAACAAAGACCCCUCUUCCGUCCAAAACCGCAUCGGCCUCUCCUCCCAAUAAAAAUGGAAGUCGAGGUCAAGCUGCGGCUUCCUGCCGCCGUGGCCCACCGCCACGUCACCACACUCCUCUCCCCAUUCCACGUCGCCACCCACCGCCAAGAGAACCACUUCUUCGACGGCUCCUCCGGCGAGCUCUCAUCGCGCCGAGCCACCCUCCGUCUCCGAUUCUCCGACACCGACCCUCUCUGCGUCGUCACUCUCAAGGCCAAAGCCGUCAUCGUCGACGGCGUCAGCCGCGUCGAGGAGGACGAGGAACCGUUGGACCCGUCGAUCGGAAGAGACUGCGUGGCCGAGCCGGAGAAGAUUCUUUCGACCGCGGCGGAGUCUAGGGUUUUGAGGAGGGCGAAGGAGGAGUUUGGGGCGCUAGGGUUUGUGGGGUUAGGAGGGUUUAGGAAUGUGAGGGAAGUAUAUGAGUGGAAAGGUUUGAAAUUGGAGGUGGAUGAGACUGAUUUCGGGUUUGGGACUCUGUAUGAGAUUGAAUGCGAAAGUAGUGAUCCUGAGGAGGCCAAGAAAUUGAUCGAAGAGUUUCUCAAAGACAAUGGGAUCGAUUAUUCUUACUCAGUCACCUCCAAGUUCGCGAUUUUUCGCUCCGGGAACCUGCCAGGCUAUCCCAGACAAUGAUUAUCAGUGGACAGUGACUAGUGAGGUGAAAGAUGUCCGGGGGAUGAAGCAAGGUUUAGAAUUAGACUCAUAAAGAGAAUGAUUUUCUUUCCCCUCAACCUCAAGCAUCUUACUUCCAAAUGUUGUGUCCCCCAGAAUUGAUAAGCCCUAAGUUUGUAAUAAACCAUUUUCUAUCUUGUGGCACACUAUUAUUUGUACUUUUUCCUUGA